GGACACAUAACGGUACUUUUGUCAGCAUUGUGUUGGGGGGAAAAGCAUGCGGGCAGCCAUUUUUGACCUACAUAUUCUCUCAAAUCACAUGGAAUAUGUAGCCGUGUGCCACAGGCUAUGAGAUAGUCAGAUGGGCAGCACAAGCAGCAUGCAGAGGCCUCCGCCUCGCCAAACCGCGGAUGCAGCAAAGACUGGGGCAGGGAAACCUGAUGUCUCCCAGAAGCCACCGGUCAAUACUGUAUCUUCUGGCGGGAACACAUCGACUGAAAGAGGAAAACCUGAUGUCGCUCUUGAGCCAACGGUAAACAAUGUACCUCCUGGAGUGGACACAGAGGCUGAAAUGAAGAAACUGCAGGAGAAUUUUCCACAUUUAAAUUUGCAGUUUAAUGAAAUUGAGGCUUUUAUACAACAACUUAAGGAUGAUGCUUUUACGAAGAAUGGAAAAUAUUCAAAACUUUACAAUUGGACAUUUUUGGGUUUCGAGCACCACAAUGAUACAGACCGACGUAAGCUGGGUGAUUACUUUGCUUUGACUGAGGCUGCUGAAGUGCUGAACGCAGCAUUUGUCACACUGCUGAAGUCGCUUGGGUUGAAAUGUAUGGCGCUUAUGGUGUUGGGCGCUGAAGACAAGACACAGCUUAUUAAUGCUCAGAAGUUGUCCUUGAUCCGAAUGAUUGUGUGGAACAACACGGACGGUAGUCUUAGUUUUGCUGAAAAGGUUUCUAAAGCUGGGAUGCUGACACAUUUUGUUGAAGAUUUAAAAGAGAUGAAAGUUGAAGAUGCCGCCAGUGAUGAUGAGGAGGUUGAUCAAACAUUUGAAGCCGCGAUUUCCAUACUCCAGAACUGCUCCAGGAACCCUGCCACCAGGCAACCUCUCCGGGAACUCGGAACAGUUUCAGUCCUGCUGCCGUAUCUCAAGUGUACAUCAGAAGAGGGCAAGCUGCAGACAUUGUUUACUCUCGCCAACAUCGUGGACGAAACGGAAAAUGAACAUCUUCUGGCUGACAACACCUUGUUUGAUCACCUGUUUGACAUACUCAAGGAAGCGUGGACGGACGAUGAACACCGCCAUCUUGGUUUUAGUGUGGAGGAGAUAGUUGACGGCAUGACUGGUUUAGCCAAAAAUGACAGCAACAAGAAAGUACUGCGGGAAAAGGGAGCCGUUCCAAUUCUUACGGAGAUCAUGAAAUUUGGAUCGGACGAGGAGAAAGAGUAUGCCGUGAAAUGUAUUUGGGAACUGUCUUUUGAUAAAACUAACAAGGAAAUGUUCAAUGGAAAUAAGGAGCUGCAGCAGCUGCUUCAGGAACUCAGGUCAUCCUCUUGUAAAGGCAUUUCGAAAGCAGCAGACGGAGCAUUGUGGGUGCUUACUAUGGAAGAAAACAAUAAUACAACUUCAACAGAGGGUGUCGACGGAAGGAACGGAUCAGAUAGGGGUCAUGUGAUGAUCAGUUAUCAGUGGUCGGACCAGAAGCUCGUCCUGAAGAUCAAGGAUUCGCUGCGCCAGAAAGGGUACAAGAUCUGGAUGGACGUUGAUCACAUGGAAGGCUCCACACUGCAGGCGAUGGCGGAGGCCGUGCAGAACGCGUCUGUGGUGUUGGUGUGUAUGUCGGAGAGAUACAAGCUGAGCCAGAAUUGCAGAUCAGAAGCUGAGUAUGCAUUUUCCUUAGAGAAGAAGAUUGUCCCGCUACUGACGCAGAGGGCGUAUAAACCAGACGGGUGGUUGGGUAUGAUUAAAGGGACAAAACUUUUCUUCGACUUUAGUGGAAAAUACCCAUAUGAUCAGAAAUUGACUGAUCUAGCGAAGGAGCUUGGCGAACACGGGAAGAUGCAGCAACUCAUCGAUGAAAUUGAUGGUGAGACAAAGAUAGUUCCUGUUGUAAAAACAGCUCCUCUAGCCGCUGCAAGAGGUCAGUCACUUGCCGACUGGUCAGUGAAAGAUGUCCAGAACUGGCUCACGAAGACAGGAUUAAAAAAUGACUCGCUGUUACGCAAAAUGACCGGGGAUGACCUGAUGUUUCUUCGGGACAUAUCUCACAGGGCCCCUGAGUUUUAUUUCAACUAUCUGCGGACUGACCUUCAACUUUCCUGUUUUGAUGACCUCAAGAAGUUCAGCCGAGCUGUUGACAAACUGUAAAACAUGGUCAAAACUCUAUGAAGUUCUCCUCCUGUAUAUCCCAUGACAAACACCGAUAACCUUCGGGGCAUCGUUGGAUGAAUUCUUGACAGAGGACGACUUGCAUAAGGGAAUCCUCACACAUGUAAUUAACAAUGUGUCUGUUGUGUAGCGCACCAUUCUAUUGAAGUCCAACUCUAUAAGAUGUAGCUAUGGUCCAUUUAUUGGGUCACAGUAUCAGAUAGGACAUAAUUCCAUUCUUUUUGUUUGUAGCAUAAUACAUGUAUGUGUACCCGCGUUACCCGACCUCCCCAGCGCAAACACAUUACACACUGAUACAGUUGAUUGUUAGUUUAUGGACUUCAUUGUAGCGUUUUAUAACUAAAUAAGUGAGGAUAUCUUUUGAGAUCCACACACACACGACUCUAAAUAAGACUUGAUAUAUUUAGGUUUGAAUUAUAAUUGUGUCCAUACAUGCUUCUGUGAUAGAUACAAUAGAUUAGUACUACUCUUGAUGUUAUUUUUUCAAGAAAAAUUACAUACGUACACUAUUUAUGUAUAUUCUAUACUCAUGUAAAUAUGUGAUAGAUACGACAAUAUGCAAGCCAUUCAUGACAUUUGCACUGAAAUAUAUUUUUCCAAAAGUGAAGUUGCUGAAAUACAACAUGUUCACUUGUACAAAUUACGGUUCGCUCUAUAUUUGAUGUUAGGCGUAUGUGUUCGCUUUGUGAACUUAAUUACAAGGCUAGGUGCAGGAACGUCAUGAUGUAUCAAAGAAAGAAUUUCGACUUGAUUGAGUGAGUUAUUGGGCUCAACGCCACUUUGACAAGUAAUUCCAGUUAUAUCACGGCACGUCAGCUUCAUGGGGGAGGAAAG